GGAAACGUUAUCAAGUAAUUUUUUUCUUGUCGCCCCAUAAAUUCUCUGAUCUCUAAUUGAAAUGUGCAAGCUUUACGAUUAGUCUAUAAUAAAUUUAAAGUAUCGUAGUGUAUUCUAAAUAGUCGAUUUUGUAUUCAUGAAAGAGAAUAAUAUGAAUCUAGGAACUGUUCAUCACAAUCUUAUCCUCUAUGUGACUCCUGAAAAGUUUUUUAUUGAACCUGUUGGAGAUUUUGAUGAACUUUUGAUUAUUGAUAGAACAUCCAGAGAAAUCAGUCUUCAACGAAAUCAAGGUCAAAUUAAUCCAAGUGCAACAAGUCAAUCAAUCUAUGGCAUUUUAGGGACCAUUCAUCUUAUUGGAGGUCCUUAUUUGAUUGUGAUCACAAAAAAAAGUCUUGUGGGUAGUAUCUAUGGUCAAUCUGUAUGGAGACUUGAAGAUGCUGAAAUCAUUCCCUAUUCUCGAGCUCUUUUGCACCUCACUGAUGAACAAAAAAACUUCAAUAAAGUUUAUCUUUCAAUGGUGCAGUCUGUCUUGAAGACUCCUUAUUUCUAUUUUUCUUAUACAUACGAUAUCAGUCACACGCUGCAACGUUUACACAAUACAAGUCCAGACUUCCUAUCCAUGCCUUUAUUCCAAAGAGCAGAUCAACGAUUCAUUUGGAAUGGACAUAUUAUGAGGGAUUUCCUAGCCCAACAAGAAUUGCAAAAUUAUUGGCUACCUGUUAUACAUGGCUUCAUCACAAUUAAACAGUGCACAAUCAAUCAGAAGUCAUUUUCUUGGAUUCUGGUGUCACGUAGAAGCUGUUUGCGAGCUGGCUGUCGCUUGUUUAUGCGUGGCCUUAAUGAGGAUGGUAACCCUGCAAAUUUUGUAGAAACAGAGCAAAUUAUUGAAUGUGAUGGUUGUAAAAGUUCCUUUGUACAGACUAGAGGCUCUAUUCCUUUGUUUUGGAACCAACUUCCUAAUUUGAAAUACAAACCAAGACCAACCUUAAACAAUUCUAAUCAUUCAGAUGGUUUCCAGAGGCAUUUUGAUAAUCAAAUCUUUAACUAUGGUCCACAAAUAGUAGUAAACUUGAUUGAUCAUAAAGGCAGCGAACAGAAACUUGAGAAUGCUUUAGCUGAUAUCAUCCAGUCUAGUGGAAAUUCUAAUAUUAAGUAUGAAUCGUUUGAUUUCCACCAUGAGUGUCGUAAGAUGAGAUGGGACAGAUUGUCAAUCUUGAUGGAUCGAGUCAGGCAGGACCUCGUUGAUCAAGGGUAUUUCAUGAUGUUGCGUGAUGGUUCCGUUCCUUGCCAACAAGACGGUGUCUUUAGGACCAAUUGCGUUGACUGUUUGGACCGAACAAAUGUUGUUCAGAGUCUGUUAGCUCGUGAAUCACUUCAGUCACAACUUCAGAGACUGGGUGUUUUGAAUAAAGAUGAAAAGGUAGAAAACCAAGCACUAUUUGAAUACACUUAUAAAAAUGCUUGGGCUGACAAUGCUGAUGUAGUUAGUAUAGAAUAUGCAGGCACUGGUGCUUUGAAAACUGAUUUUACCAGAACUGGAAAGCGAAGUAAACAAGGUUUGAUUAGAGAUGGCAUCAAUUCUUUGAUCCGUUACUAUAAGAACAACUUUUCUGAUGGUUUCCGCCAGGAUUCAAUUGAUCUUUUUCUUGGAAAUUACCAAGUUGAUGAAGAUGAAGGCGUUUCUAAACCUUGCCCACUGAAAGAUAAAAAAGACAUUAAAUUUUCUGCACUUCCUCUUGUAUUGCUAGUUGCUUUGGCCAUGAUGUUUUUGUCAUUUCUUAUACCAUCUGUUUACAAUUCUGAAACACUUUUGUUUGUUCUGUUCUGGUUUGGAAUGGUGGCUGCUACAUUCUCCGUAAUCAUGUAUUAUGGUACUGAGUUUGUGGACUAUCCAAAACUUCAGGAUCUAAGACCAGCACGAAUCAAGUCCGAAUGAAACGAUAUAUAUAUUGUGUAAUAAAUGCACACAUAAUGUAUUAUAUUCAAAUUAUAGAAAUUAUAUAUGGUACCCUCUUAGAUUUGAAACAUGAUUUGUAUGAGCUUUCUUUACACACACAUUUUAAUAGAGCACAUAAAAAAGGAAUUUAUUCAAGUUUUUGUGGCAAUAAAAAUUUAAAUAUAUUAUGUUGCA